UCAAGCACUAUGGCGUAAAAGGCCGUCAUUUUGUUGGAUUGAUUCUCUUACUUCAUCGUAAAACCAAGAUAUUUUAAUAAUUUUGAUGUUUUUAAAACUGGAUAUUAAAUAUAAUGACAUCUCUACACUUUACUGUUCUGCCUCUUCCUGGAAAUGACGAUCAGCUAAUCGAAAAAUUACGUGAAGUUUCAGAGCGGUUUAGCCGCCAUGGAUUCUCUGCUCCUUCAGCAUUGAGUAGCUUGAGGAACAUUAACAUUUCACAGUGUGCUGUUGGUCCUAGUCACAUAGCCUUACUCAGAGAGGAUGGCAGAGUAUGUCGAGUUCCAUACCAUGUUGCUACAGAUAAACUGGAUCUUAUCAAGACUGAUAAUAAACCUCCUCCCUUUGUUAGAAAACCAAGCAAGUUGGAGAAGCUGGACCGUAACUCCACUGCUCGUAGUGGAACUGUUGUUAUGGAAAGUCCAAUAGUGCUUGUGUCUGAUGCUUUGGGUACUGCAGCUGCUCAGUCCUCUGCCACAGGGCGCUGGUCAACAGUGACCUCUAACCCAGCUUCUGUUUCCCGUGGUGGACCAGCUGCUAGUGGCAGUGUCGCUGGCAGCACAGGUAGUGCCAGUGGUGGUGCUAAUAACAACCAGCCUACAGGCUUCAGCAGGGCUGUGCAAAGGGCCGUCCAUGUCAGCAGGGGAGGUCGGAGGUCAAAUGUUAUUGUUGGUGGACGACCCCUGGUUCCUGCCUCUGUUGUACCAGAGGAUCUGAUUAGCCAGUGUCAAGUCGUAUUACAGGGCAAAUCUAGAAAUCUCAUUAUCAGAGAAUUACAAAGAACGAAUCUGGAUGUGAACAUGGCAGUAAAUAAUUUAUUGAGUCGAGAUGAUGAAGGAGAGGGUGAUGAUGAUGACAGUCAAGACUCGUAUGUACCAGAUGAUCUGAUCUCACUCUUGGACACAGGUGUUCACGGAGAACAUCCCUCUGUCAUCAUAGAUGCUGAUGCAAUGUUUAAUGAGGAUGUCUUUGGUUACUCAACACUAAGAAGCCGGGGAUCAGGGACUAGAUCUAGACUAGGAGACAGAGAAAGAGACUUGGACAGGGACAGAGAUUCUAUUUUCCGCAUCCGAGAUCAUCGCAGGAGACUUGAGUCAUCAUUCAGAGAUGAAACACUGAAAUCUCUAGAGCGAGACAAACCUGACACUCCUGGCUCUGACGGAGUUAAAAAAGGAACCUCUCCAGCACAGAACCCAGUAGUGAUAGGGGAGGAGUUGCAGUAUUGGCCAGAUAAAGAGAGUGAACCCCUACUUUUCAAGCACAUUGAAGCCAUGUUUUCAGAUCUAGUUGCUGUAGGCAGGGAUGGUCGGCUGUACAGCUGGAGGUGGUCAGACCCAGAACCAUACAAAAACACGGAGAACCCCAAUAUUCGCCAUCCUAAAGCAGCAACAUUAGGGCUUGUGCAAGAAAAAAUUACACUGCUGUCAGCUUGUGGAGUGCGAGCAUCUGUAUUGACAGAAUCUGGAAAAAUAGCCUCCUGGCUUGAUGAAUCCCUGAAUUCUGUGUCAGCUAAGUUGGAGCAUUCAGCACAACAGUUCUCUGAAUUUCAGUCAGAUGGAGUGGUUUCCCUUCACACAUGCAACCUGUACACCUGUGCAAGGCUAGUCAGUGGGGCUCUCUAUUGGUGGGGUGUGAUGCCAUUUGCACAAAGAAAAAAACUGGUUGAGCGCUCUAGCAAGAAAAAGAAAGCCAAGGAAACCUCCACAGCUUCAGAAAUAGUUGCAGGUGCAACAGUUUGUUUGCGCAGUGCUCCUCUGUAUAAUGCUGGCACAAUAGCAUUUGCUGAAAUCAAUGGCGUACCAAAAGUUGGUCAGCUGCUGGAGUCAGCUUGGGUACUGGGUGAUGCCUGUAGGUUCAGAAUAAGACAACCUGGAGCAGACCUAAAAGCUGAGAGCAGUAAAACAGAAGCAGCUAGGAGCAGUGAGAUCAAGACAGACAUGCCACCACCAUCACCAGCCUCCUCUGUUUGCAGUGACCACAGCAGCGCCUCCAUUUCAUUGAAACGUAAAAAGGGCCCAGUCACACCAGUUAAGGAUGAUGAGAAGGAGGAGAGAUGGCUGCUGAAGCAUGUUGUUUUUGUUGAAGAUGUCAAGACUGUACAGCUGGGCAAGGUGCUAAAGGUGGACGGUGCUUGUGCUGCUGUUCGCUUCAACAGGGAAACUGAUGUUGCUGGAUCUAGCAAGGAUGACGUCUCCUCUCUGUUACAGGACUGCAGGUUGUUGAGGAAAGAUGAGCUGCAGGUGGUUAAAACAGCAGCUGGUCCUAGAAAUCCAGACUGCUUCCAAAAGUCCCCAAAGAAAGUGGUUAUAGCUGAGCAUGGCCAGAUUGAGGCUGUCACUGUGGAUGCUGAAGGCAUCCAUAUCAUCUCAAGGAGUGGAUCUCGUCUGUAUUAUUCUUACCACAACCUGAGCACUGGCAAAAUGGACCACAACUGUCUGUUUCCAACUAGUGCUGAUGCUUUCUUAGGGACCAAAGCCAGUGAUGUUUGUCUUCAAACUUGUGGCAUACCACCACCUCAAGCCUCUCUAGUCCUAUGUGAUGGCAAUGGUGCCAUCUAUCCAUUGGCCAAAGACUGCAAUGAAAAUAUCAGGGACCCCAUAUGGCUGGACCUGCCCCCUGUCACUUCAGUGGCCAUUAAAGUACAGAAACUUCCUAGCCUGGCUGCAGUAGGCAAGGAAUCUGCUCUCAUCAUGGCAUUCACUGUCAAGCAUCAGUCUCUGAUUCCACAUAUUAUAAGAGCAGACUUGAACAAGGUCAAGGCUGUUGUAGCCAGCUUAGAGGAAGAAUCAAAAGAAGGCAGCACUUGUCCAAAGUUUGGAGAAGUUUUAAAGGAACAUUGUGAUGGCAACAGAAAUAUUUUACAUAUGUGUGUUGCCUCCUGUAUACCACAGUCUAACAAAGAAUGUGAUAAUGAGCCCCAGUUAGGUGCCAAUUCCUUUAGCUGCACAUUAGAUGCUGUCACUAGUGCUGUGGAUGCUAUAGCCUCACUUCAGUCUAGGUCAUCAGAUGCCUCAGCUAGUAGAAACAUGAGUGUGAGAGAGCUGAUCAGACGCGCCUCCAAUGCAGCAAGGGGAGUCAGUGGGUUGGAAUCCAGAGAUUUGGACAGGGAGGAGUCAGGACUUACAAUGCAAUGGUCUGACCCUCCGCCAAGCUAUGACUCAACUCCUUCCUUACUGUCCACAGCUGAGUGGUCAUCUCGGCAGUCCAACACCCCAGCCUCAAGCAGUAUAGGUGGGUUGGUGGGGGGACCCUCAGGCCUGUCAGGGUCAGAGUUCAGCAAUGUGCUAGUGGCACCGGUCAAGAUGGAGGACAAGGAGAGACGGGCCACUGCCCUACAAGUGCUGGACUUUAUCCUGGAGUCUCCAAUCUUCCAGCCGUAUUUGUUUGAACUGCUCAGCUCCAAGAAUGCUGAGGGAUGCACACCAUUUAUGCAAGCAGUUUGUACCAGGGCCUACCCAGCAGCUCUGUCACUGCUGGAGGCUGCCAUCAAAGUCAGGAACUCUAACCUGGGUCAGACUGAAGAUGGGAGCUCAGAGACCAGAAAAACUGAGGUCCUGAUGAACAUGAUCUACCCACCUGGCUCUAGCCUAGACAACUCACCCAUGCAUGUGCUCUGUGCUAAUGACACUUGCAGCUUUACCUGGACUGGGGCUUAUCAUAUCAACCAGGACAUCUUUGAGUGUAAAACUUGUGGCUUGACUGGGACCCUGUGCUGCUGUACUGAGUGCGCUCGUGUGUGCCAUAAGGGCCAUGACUGCAAGCUGAAGAAGACCUCGCCCACUGCCUACUGUGACUGCUGGGAGAAGUGCAAGUGUAAGGCUCUAGUGGCCGGCGUCCAGGCCUCCAGGAUCAACCUCCUGAACCGCCUGCUCAUGCACACAGACUUGGUUUCCGCCCCCAACUCCAGGGGAGAGAACAUUCUCUUGUUUCUGGUGCAGACGGUGGGCAGACAGUUGGUGGAGCAGAGGCAGUUCCAACCCAGCAGGAUCAGGAUCACUGCCAGCAGGAAGACUCAGGUGGCAGAUAUAGAUGUAGAAGUCCCAGAGCAUGACCUUGAGCCACCCAGAUUUAGCAGACGGGCCCUGGAAAGGAUCUUGAAUGACUGGGCAGCUGUGAAGGCCAUGCUGAUCUCAGGAUUGAAGCAGCCAGCAACUGGACAACACUGUCCAUCUAACAGGGGCCCUGAUGUUGUGUAUGAGGAACAGAUCUACCUGGAGAGCCAGAGUGGCACAGCUCGUUUGGACAAGUUCACUCACUGUCUCCUGGUCAAGUGCAACAACGAGAUGUUGGACACCCUCCUUACAACUCUGAUCAGAGAAAUGCAGUGUGAGGGGAUGCCAGCCAGGCGUGAUGAGGCCAGACAGGUCAGCCGCAGAUUUGUUCGCUCUGUGGCCAGAGUCUUUGUGGUCUUAAACAUUGGAAUGUUACCUGCCUCCAGCAAGAAAAGAAACCUCCACUCACCUCCCUGCCAGCCACUGAUGAAAUGUAAGCGUGUGUUCCAAGCCCUGAUCACCAUUGCUAUAGAAGAGCUGUGUCAGAUGGCUGAUGCUCUGAUUGUCCCAGUGAGGAUGGGCGUGGCCAGACCCACUGCUCCAUUUGCCCUUGUCAGCAUCAACUCUGAUGCUGUUCAGGGAAGUGAAGAGUUGUUUGUUAUGGAUCCCCUACCCCCAAGACCAUCAUCAGCUGACACAAUAACCCAACGUAUGCCUGUUGUAAAUCAUCGGUCCCUGCGACACAGAUCACAGGCAACAUCCCGACAGCCUGCUGAUGAUGAGCGCAUGCCUGUUGAUAUUGAAGAGGUGGAGGUGGUAGAGAGUAUGCAGGUGGAAGAUGAACACAGUGACAGGGAGGACAGGGAUGACCGCCAGUCUGAGCACUCUGACCAUGACCUAGAUCAUGACCCAGAGCAGCCGCCACCAGAUCCUGAAGAUGGUCCUGCUGAGAGUGACAUGAGUCUGGUGAUGUUGACUGAAGAAUCUGACAGUGAUAGUGAAAGUAGCCACAGCAACCAAGACAACGUCAGUGUGCAGAGGUCAGCUGUAACCAUGGCAACAGCUGGAUCAGAUGCAGGCCUGGGUAGUCUGGCUCACUUUUCUGAAGACUCAGGAGACUCAUCCAACCAAGAAGACGACUACGAAAGUGAGGCAGGAGAAAGUGAGGAGAGGGACACGGAUGAGUUUAUCUACAUGGAUGAACAGCUUGAGAGGCCAACCACGGCUGGCCCAGGAGCACAAGGCCAGAGAACCUUGCAGGCUCCCCAGGCCAUGCAAUGGGCCAUCAGACAGAGGGACCUGGUGACUACAACCUCGGCCUCCAGACCUCCCACAACCACCACCACCACCAGCACUGCAGGUGGCAACAGUCUAAUCUACAUUGAUCCAACUACACUUAGACGAUCUGUUCCUGUGGCACCACCCACUGUUACAAACCAAGACAGCCCAGUAACUAUGGCAACCACUGCCAGCCAGCUGGCCAGGGCAUUCAGCAUCAUGAUAAGACAGAUCACAGACUUGCUGAAUGUGAUGCCGUACUACCACGCAUUGACCCCCAGCCUGCCCAGAGUACUAGAGGUGUCCCCGCAGGAGGAACACAACUUACAGGUUUACCUUGAACAACACCUGCGGCCUACCUGGCAGUGGCUUGUGGCAGUCAUGGACUCAACAGAGGCACAGCUGCGAUUUGGUUCAGCCCUCAGCAACAACAGCGACCCCUCUUGCCCACAGCAUCCCUUACAUGCAAGUUACACAAGGUCACAGAGAGAGCGUGCAGCGCCACCUAGAGAAGAAACCAGAACUCUACCAGUCAUAGAUCACAACAGGAGACGUUUGAGAUUUGGCACCAUUGCAACAAGCACUGAUGGUAAUUCAGCUCGUAGAGAUUUUCUCAGUUACGCUCUUUCCCUGAUGCGUAGCCACCAUGAUGAGCACUCGGACUCCUUGCCUGUAAUGGACAUCACAGCCCUCAAGCACAUUGCCUAUGUGUUUGAUGCACUCAUCUACUACAUGAGGACAGCUCCAGACUCAGAUGUUGAGGCUUUGAGGGAUGGUGUGUCUGUCACAUCAUGGCAAGAUGGGGAGGAAGGGGAAGAGGAGCAUGAUGAAGAACUGCCUGGCGCCUCCUCUUCUUCUGGCCUCAACAUGGAGUCUGAAAGUUUAGAUGGGGACAGUGAUAGUGCCACCAGAUUAGGGCGGCGACACCCCUUUUUCCAGAGGUCAGAUUCAACCAUUUUUAUGGGGUGCCCGCCACCAGAUCCCUUUCACACUCCUCUUGUUGAAGCCUUGCCUCUUGCUGAUCAGCCGCACUUGCUGCAACCUAAUGCACGCAGGGAGGAUUAUUUUGGUAUUGCCAAAUCAACUGUUGCUAAAACAGCUGAGGGAUCAUCACUAGCCAUUGGUCAGCAGCUACCUUUAAGUCUUGCCCUGUCUAUCAGACCAGAUGAUGAAAGGAUUCAGCUAGCUCAGACAAUAAGAAAUGCCGCUUUCCAACCUAUUUCAGCGGCACCGGUCAGCUCGACCAGCAGUACUGGCCGCACAAGUUUGGCCACCAGCACAAAUCUGGUCUCAUCUCGGAUCAGCACAGGUGACCUGCGGUCAUCAGACCUGUUUCCCCAGAGUGUUGCUGUCAACCUGUCAUUGUCAGGGCCCAGCGCCAGCUUCAGCCAUGAGGCAGUAGACAGCGCAGUGGGGAUCCCCAUUGAGCCAGCACCACCUUCAUUCCAGUCAGCAUUUAUCUCUGCUUUAAUUCCAGAGCCAUCCAGCGGAGUCAUCGUAGGAACCUCAUCUCCAGCUUCCAGCUUUAGCCUGGCACAUCCCCCUCUCAUACCCUCAACUCCAUCAACACCAGGUCAGCUUGCUCGAGCUAACUUGUCAGCUUUUUCAGAAAUAGCCACAAGCCGCGAAAGGAUGUCCACAGCAGUGACCGCAAGCAUCAACAGCACUCCACUGGUCAGUUCCCUGCCCUCCUACCAGCUCCACCUUCACCAGGCAACAGCCUCCAUGCCAGAUGUCCCCCAGACCAGCGUCAUCGUACACACAGCAUCCACCCCCUCCUCCUCGCUAGCCACCACGCCAACUGCCCUGGUGGCCACCACUACAGCAUCAAGUCAGCCCAGCCUGCUGACCCCCUCCACCAACCUGGUGACACUACCUGCCAGCUCUGCCACUGGGAGCAGACCACUGGUCAGUGAAGAGAAUGAGGACAAUCAUCCACCUAUCAGGCCUAAAAUACAUUUUGCAUUCCUGGCAUGGUCUCAGAACCAAGCGGCAUCUGCGGCAAGUUCUACUUCAUCACAAGCAGCCACCAGCAGUCCAGCCAGUCAACACCCCCCUCAUGAGCCUGUGGUCACACAGGCCACCACAGAACAACCCAUGGAGAGUGUGGACUCCCAGACUACACCAGCCCACCCCGUCUCAUUGGUGGCUGUCGUACCAACACCUGCACAUUCUUCAGCUCUGCCAGCCAUUGUAACAGAUAGCUCAGCUGGGCUAGAAAGUGCACCCAUUGACUUGGUGGGGGCUAAUGAAAAUGUGUCCAACACAGUGGACAUAGAAACCAGUGACCAGUCAGCUCACCAAGUCCCACCCCCACCUCCUGCACCUCCAGUCAUCCUCCCCCCUCCUCCCAUGUCCAUGUCAGCUGUCAGACACCAAGGUUCUGUCGGCCAGAUAGUCUCACAUGAUAUUUUACUGGGCCGCUGGCGACUAUCUCUGGACCUGUUUGGCCGUGUCUUCUGUGAUGAUGUGGGGGCAGAGCCAGGCUCUGUGUUAACAGAGCUGGGAGGGUUUCCUGUUAAAGAGAGCAAGUUCCGCAGGGAAAUGGAAAAAUUGAGGAACUCACAACAAAGGGAUUUGACUCUAGAGGUGGAAAGAGAUCGCAAUGCAUUGCUGAGCCAGACCUUGAAACAGCUCAACACCUACUUCAACAGGCGCAACAACUCAUCAGGUCCACCAAUGUGUGUUCAUAGAGUCAAAGUGACAUUCAAGGAUGAGCCAGGGGAGGGCAGUGGUGUAGCACGGAGUUUUUACACUGCUAUAGCUCAUGCUGCCUUAUCCCAAGAAAAACUGCCAUCACUGGACUCAAUACUUGUGGGAGGGAAAAGUCUUCAGUACACCAAGUCAUUAGUUUCUCCCCCCUACACACCCCACUCUCCAGAUCUGAUCAACCGCCUGAGGUCACGUGACCGUGAGAGACAGAGGAGCACCAUCAGACAGCGGAGUCGAGACAGGGAGAUGCGGAGAACCUUGUCAUAUGACGCCCCACCAUUCUACAUGCCAACAGAUGCCCCUCCAGGGAGCUCCACCAGUGGGGUGCCCAGCACUGAGAACCCUGACAGUGGGACAGAGGCCAUCUCACAGUACAGGCGACAGCUGGGGGAGAGGCUUUACCCCAAAGUUCGUGCUCUCAGACCAGCCUUGGCUGCAAAGAUAACUGGCAUGCUUCUGGAGCUGUCACCUCCACAACUGGUCUUGUUGCUGGCAUCAGAUGAGAGCUUGAGACAAAGGGUGGAUGAAGCUGUGGAGAUUAUCUCCUCACAUGCUAGAGAAAUGAGCACAGACAGUUUCCUUGACCUUGACAUCUUCAACCUGUCUGAGAAAUCCAAGACGCCCCCAUCAGCCUCCUCAGUGAGUGGGACUAGAGGAGAGGGCCUCAGCUGUGACCUGCUGAUGGAAGAGGACAUUGAGGACAACGCUCCAUUGUUCUGGCAACCUGGCAAGCGAGGAUACUACUCCCCCAGAAUAGGAAAAGCUUCACCUGAAAGGCUAAAUGCUUUUAGAAAUAUUGGAAGAAUAAUCGGGCUUUGUUUGCUUCAAAAUGAGAUCUGUCCAAUGUUCUUCAACCGUCAUGUUUUGAAAUGUAUUCUUGGACGUCGUAUUGGCUGGCAUGAUCUGGCAUUCUUUGACCCUGUGAUGUAUGAAUCAUUACGAUCAUUAGUGGAGGAUGCAGAGACUAAAGAUGCCCAGCUUAUUUUCACUGCUUUAGAUCUGAACUUUUGCGUGGAACUUGGCACUGAGGAGGGUGGAGAGCCAGUGGAGUUGAUCCCUGAUGGAGCUGAGGUGGAGGUCUCAGCCCAGAAUGUCCACAACUACGUGAGGAAAUAUGCUGAGCAUCGCAUGGUGGUUGUUGCUGAAAAGGCUUUGCGGAACCUGCGCCUUGGUGUGUUUGAUGUCAUCCCUUCCAACUCUCUGGAUGGUCUGACAGCUGAGGAUCUCAGGCUGCUACUCAAUGGUGUGGGAGACAUCAAUGUUCAAACCCUCAUCAGCUACACCUCCUUCAAUGAUGAGUGUGGUGAAAACUCUGAGAGGGUCCAGAGAUUCAAGCGCUGGUUCUGGGCUGUUGUGGAGAAGAUGAACAAUUAUGAGAGACAAGAUUUGGUGUACUUCUGGACAUCCAGCCCAGCUCUGCCAGCAAGUGAAGAAGGCUUCCAGCCAAUGCCCAGUAUUACCAUACGUCCAGCAGAUGACGAGCACCUACCCACAGCCAACACCUGCAUCUCCCGGCUCUACAUCCCACUCUACUCAACCAAAGCUUUGCUGAAAACUAAACUCCUUCUGGCCAUCAAAACCAAGGCUUUUGGCUUUGUCUGAUGUGGAUGCUGGGGGGGAAAAGGUUCUGGGUGUUGUCAGCAAGAGUUGGGAGAUUUGUCUUGCAGCUUUCUCAAGGCCAUGUCCUACAAACAAGCUGGGGUUUUCUUACCUGCCACAAUUGUCAAGUUUUUUUUUUUUUAAACAACCUCAGUCAAUGCUGAUCUAAUCAAGGAUCCUAAUUUAAUUGAUGAAUAUUUGUAGAAAGUUUCUCCCCACUGAGUGAUGGUUUAGCUGGGGUGUUAGAUCAAACGUCAGGGCACAGUUUUUUCUCUCACUCUAAUCUCAUUGAGGGCAUUCUUUCACUUGACCAAUCCUUGCCUAACCUCAUGGCUAGGCUCAAGUUCAAGGGUCAAUUCUCAACUUUAACCUUUGGCACAUAUGCAAUUUUUGUGAGUGGUAAAUUGUGUGGUAGGAUUAAUUAAAUCAUGGGUGUAUGUUUUUAAAUGUGUGAGAAAUGUGACCAAAAUGACUUGGUAUUUGACUGGUGUAAGAAAUGUGAACAAAAUGACUUGCUAUGUGACUGUUGUAAGAAAUGUGACCAAAUUGACUUGGUAUUUGACAGUUGUGUCGACAUCAUUUUGUAGAGCUGAUGUUUUGUGAAUAUCUUGUCUCCAUUAGGUUAUUUUUUAAAAUUCUAUUUUAUGUGUUAAGUAAGAGUAUUAAAUACAUUCUAUGAGUUUGUGUGUUAUGUAAGGAAAGUUGGAGCAUUAAAUAAAUUCUACAUCUAUUCCUUCUA